UUUUCCACGUUCUGCUGUCAACCACCUCCGAUUUCUUCCAUUACAAAAACCAUCCAAAUCUCCCCAAGCCUCCCCAUGUUCUGCCCUCUGCAGCUAGCAUAUCUCUCCAACUCUGGUGCGUACGCUGCAAGCUCUUCAAAGAUUCAGUGGUAGAUUCUCUCAAUCUCUGCACCACCUUCGUAGCUACUGUCUUCAAAUUUUGUUAAUGUAUCAUUUCCUUCACAAAUUCAUCCAAUAUUUUCGUAAUCUGUCUGCUUUUUCAUCGGGUCUUGUUUUUCUUAUGAUUUGAAGCGUACCCAUCUGGUUUCUUAAUAAUUUCUAUCACGGGUCUCGUGCACAACAUGGUUAUGAGCUUGAAUUUUUAAGUUCUUGGAUUGUACAGGCAGAUUGCACGGUUGUUUUGAUUUCUUGUGCAUUGAAGUUCCACCAAUGAUAUUGAGAAGAUGUUUUGACAGUAGGCGACAUUUUGAGCUCUAUGUUGGUUUUGAUUUUGCUGAUUUGAUGUGAUAAUGGUUGGAUUUAUAUAGUCCUCGGGUGGAUUUUAUAAUGGGUUUGAUUUCUUAUUUGGGAAGAUGGAUUAUUUUGGAUCCUGAACUGAUAGUUUGUUUAACAUGGGAAGAAGCUUUGAUGUGGGAUGAUUGAGAUGGUGAAUGGUUUCAAUGGAUGAUUGACAGGAUGAAUAGUUUCAAUAGCAAUGCAUCAUCCAAACGCAGUACUUCACUUAAACGGAGGGGUUUGAGUGUUUCAAGCCCAAGGGUCAGUCGGUUGAGCUGGGUCUCACGAUUGUUUCAAGUCCUUGUGGUGAUUGGGUCUUUGAUUUCAUUCCUCAUAGCAGUUGGUUGUGGUUACAUGUAUGUGCUCCCAAGUCUCAGCCAGGCUUUUCAUGGGUAUGGUGCAGCCAAAUCUAAUGUUUCAUUAAGUAGUUGCAAUGUUUUUGAUGGAAUUUGGGCUCUGGAUGAUAGUUACCCAUUGUACAAUGCUACAGAAUGUCCUUUUGUAGAACAAGGAUUCAAUUGCUUGGGAAAUGGGCGGAGAGAUAAAGAUUAUCUGAGAUUGAGGUGGAAACCAAAGGAUUGUGAUAUUCCGAGGUUUACUGUGAAGAGUAUAUUAGAAAUGCUUCGAAACAAAAGAGUUGUUUUCGUUGGUGAUUCUAUGAGUAGAACACAGUGGGAGUCACUGAUAUGCUUGCUUAUGACAGGGGUGGAGGAUAAGGAGAGUGUCUAUGAAAUCAAUGGGAAUAAGAUUACAAAACGGAUUAGAUUUUUAGGUGUUCGGUUCAGUUCCUUCAACUUUACUAUUGAGUUCUUUCGUUCAGUUUUCCUGGUGCAACAGGGUUGGAUGCCCAGACAUGCACCAAAGAGGGUCAAGUCAACACUUAGAUUGGACAAGUUAGAUAAUAUUAGCAAGUACUGGGUUAACUCAGAUGUUCUCAUAUUCAACACAGGACAAUGGUGGGUGCCUGGAAAGCUUUUUGAAACUGGCUGUUAUUUCCAGGUUGGAAACUCUAUAAAGCUAGGAAUGCAGAUUCCCACCGCUUUCAGAACUGCACUAGGCACUUGGGCAUCAUGGGUUGAGAGAAAUAUCAACACAAAUCGAACACGUGUCUUCUUUCGAACUUUUGAGCCAUCUCACUGGAGUGAUCAAACUCGUAGGUUUUGUAAUGUGACCCAGCACCCGUCAUUAGAAGUGAGAGGAAGGGACCGAAGCCUAUUUUCGGACACCACAUUGGAGGUGGUAAAGAAUAUGAAAGUUCCUAUAACCGUUCUGCACAUUACUUCCAUGUCAGCUCUCCGGAGCGAUGCACACGUGGGUAAGUGGAGUGACAGCCCAUCAACGCCUGAUUGUAGCCACUGGUGUCUACCUGGAGUACCUGAUGUGUGGAAUGAAAUUGUUCUCUCCUACCUGCUUGCUGACUAUGGCUUCAUUUCUGAUGAAUGGGGCGGAUAAACAUGGAUUUGCUGGCCCCAGUUUUGAGCAACCAAGACGCCAAAACCUCCAGCCUUACCCGCACCCAUGGCUCGGCUCAGAAGCCUGAGAAAUUGAAUAACCUUGAUUUUAGCUGAAGUUUCUUUCCUUUAUUCUCAACAGAUAGCAUCAGGUUUUCAAAAGAAAAUGUAAACACGGAAGAUACAGUUUUGCUAUAGAAACUGAUAUCUUUUUUUUUCUUUCUUUUUUUCUUUUUUUCUUUAUUUCAUUCUUUUGCGAUUAUUAUGUUUACGAGAAGGCGCCAAAAUUUUGUC